AUGUCACGCAACGUCAAGCAGCCAGUUGGCCAGAAGCGGCUGACCAACAUCGCAGUGGUGCGCCUGAAGAAGGCAGGAAAACGCUUCGAGAUCGCCUGCUACCGAAACAAGAUCAACGACUGGCGCGCCGGCAUAGAGAAGGACAUCGACGAGGUGCUGCAGACGACCACUGUGUUUGCCAACGUGGGCAAGGGGGUGCACGCUAAAAAAGAGGAGCUGCAGGAGGCGUUUGGCACCACAGACGAGGAGAAGAUUUGCCUCGAGAUCCUCGCAAAGGGAGAUGUGUCGGACAAAGAGCGGCGAGCAGAGCUGGACAAUCUUUUCAAAGACGUGGCGCAGGUUCUGGUGGAGAAGACUGUCAACCCUGACACGGGGCGGCCCUACACCCACAGCAUGCUGGAGCGUGCACUGCGGGACCUGCACUUCAAUUUGGACCCCAAAAAGUCAGCAAAGCAGCAGGCCCUGGAGGUGGGCACGCGCGUGGCUGCGGGAUGUGUGCUUGUGAUUGUGGAUGGGUGA